CGGUCUCGAUUCAAAAUUCGGUAUGGUAAUACCCACUAAAAUAUUUUAAGCCGUCUUUUGCACAACGAAUUGUUCACCUCACUAGUAAGUGAGCACAAUUUGAAAACUUGAGUCGAAGUUGACGUCGCGACUGAGAUCCAGGAAUCAGAAGUUCCACGUGCGACUGAGUUGGCCGAGAUAAGAUGGAUCGUGUGAUUGUUCUGGUGGAUAUGGACUGUUUCUAUGUACAAGUGGAGCAGAGACUGAACCCUACUUUGAAGAAUAAGCCAUGUGCCGUGGUGCAGUACAAGACCUGGAAAGGAGGAGGGAUCAUUGCUGUGGGAUACGAGGCCCGUGCAUUUGGUGUGAAGCGGAACAUGAUGGGUGAUGAUGCAAAGAAGCUGUGUCCAGAUAUCAUGUUUGCUCGUGUCCCAGAAGUGCGGGGGAAAGCUGACCUCACCAAGUAUCGCGGAGCCGGAGCUGAGGUGAUCCAGGUGUUCAGCCAGUUCAGUCAGUGUGUGGAGAGAGCCAGUAUAGACGAAGCCUAUGUUGACCUCACACAGGAAGUAGAUGCCAGAAUGAGGCUGAUGGAAGGAUCCAAGGUGGUGGAGAGCCAGUUGGAGCAUACUUACAUCAUUGGAUGGGAGAAACCUAAAUCCCAGUUGACUGAUGGGGAGCAUGAUCAAGAUAACCAUGGUCGUGUUGAAAAUGAUGAGAGGAGAGGAGGUACGCGUGACUGGCUGGGCAUGUUAUAUGAUGGCGGAGACCUGGAGGUGUCCAACCAGAGACUGACUGUUGGAGCUGUGAUCGUGGAGGAGAUGAGGGCUGCUGUGUACAGGCUGGCAGACCAAGGCUUGGGUGUUGUGGGGACAUGUUCUGCUGGCAUCGCUCACAACAAGAUGUUGGCCAAGUUAUCCUGUGGAUUACACAAGCCCAACAAGCAGACCAUCCUCCCUCACAGCUCCGUGGAAGGACUCUUCAGUACGCUCCCCCUCAAGAAAGUGCGCCACUUGGGGGGUAAGCUGGGGGAGACGCUGAUGCAGCAGCUAGGUGUGGAGAACAUGGGGGACCUGUGUCGCUUCUCUGAGAGGGAGCUGCAGCAGAUCGCAGGGGACAAGACAGGGGCGUGGUUGUAUGACAUGUGUCGAGGGUAUGAGUACGAGCCGGUGUCUGCCAGACAACUGGCCAAGUCCAUAGGGUGCAGUAAAAACUUCCCAGGAAAAACCUGUUUGGACACAAGAGAAAAGGUUAACUUUUGGCUGUCUGAACUUGCAAAGGAGGUGGAGGAGAGACUGGUGAAGGACAGAGAAAGUAACAAACGUGUGGCUAAAACGUUGACUGUUACUGUGCGCUACGUCGGGAACCCGUCGUCAGUGUCGGCUUCUAGAUCGUGUGGCAUCAUCAAGUAUGAAGCUAAGAAGUUUGCAGACGAUGCCUUCUCUCUCAUACAGAGGCUCAACACAUACAAGCCACACCAGAAGGCAUGGGCACCUGCUAUUCUGACGCUUGGCCUGUCAGCCAGUAAGUUCACUGAGAACAAGGGGAGUGGAGGAAACAGCAUCUCUCAUCUGUUUGCCGCAGCGGCAUCACAAACACCCAAACUAUCUCAAGUGUCUACGGACACCUCGGACACUGAUACUAAUGUCCUCAGUCAGAGUGUUCAGGCUGUGAGGAAACCCAAACGAGGAAGCAUUGAGACGUUCUUCCAAAAUCAUACUAGGAAUGGUGCUUUAAGUAAUUCCACGACAGAACAUGUUGAAAGUGUUUCAGACAGUGACUCAACUGCAGAAGCUGAAAUUACGGAGAAGAAAAAAGCUAAGGGUUUUUUUGCUUCCAAAACUGCAGCAAGAAAGAUAAGAAAUAUGAACACAGGAAGUGUAUCUGAAACUGAAGAUGCAGAUUCGAAUUUGUCCAUGCCAGGUGGUAAUGAACCGAGACAGGCGGACAUUGUGAUGUGUGCCUCUGACAGCCGAUCUAAUAAUGAUGUUGAGAUGAGUGUUGACCACCUCCCAGUGGAGUCUUUGUACGAGGAUUCUGGGCUGACUGGUGAAGACUCCUGUGAUGUUGAUGGCAACAACUCUGAUCAUAAUUUGACUGUCACUUCAGGGCUGAUUCAUCACAGACAAGACAGUAUUGUAAUUCCACUGUCAGAGAAUUAUGAUGCUCCUGAAGUAGGGCCAAUUAUUAAUUUGACUGACACCCCUGAAUUGAUUCAUCAAAGGCAAGACAGUAAUAUGAUUCCACCAUCAGAGAAUUGUGAUGCUUCUGAAGUGGGGACUGUAGCUCACCUGGACGAUGAUGAUCUGAUGCAGUGUGAUAAAUGUGGUAAAACUCUCCCCAUCUGGGAAAUGCCAGAACACACUGACUACCACUUUGCUCUGGAGCUACAGAACUCUACCCAGAAUGCAGUGGUAAUUCCUCAAACUUCUGUGUCAAAUCAAGUCAAGCGGAAGUCUUCUCCGGACAAACGUGGAAUGAAAAACAAAAAAGCAAAGGUCGAGAAAGGGAGAGGUACCAGCAUGAAUCUGUUAACAUUUUUCAGGAAACAGUGAUUCUUGUCUGUUAGUGAAGAGAGGCAGCUUGGGUUGUAUAAUCCUUAGGGAGUUGAGAAUGAAAUUUCAGUACACGCUGGUCCACUGAUGGUUAAUAAUGCAUGAUAAUCAUCAUGGAAAUAGUGCCGUCUGAUGUAUUCAUCAUCAUUUCUGUUGUAUAUAUAAACUGUCUUAUUCCAGCUAGCUUGGCUGCUGCUGUGGAGGAAUCAGAACAUUAUCCAGAUUAUGUUAGAUAAUUGUUGUGUGGCUGUGAUAUUCUUAGGAAACUAGUUUCCUUGGUAAUGGUCAGACCAUCCUGAUCCAAGGCCAGUCAAGUAUGGUAUGAAGAAUAUGAAUUAUGCCAUGCUUACCAUGCCACUGCUUCCUUCAUAACAUGCUAUGCAGUGACAAUAUCAAAGUGAUAUAAUCACUUGCUAGAACCAAAUGAAUCUUUGAGGCAGGGGUGUGUGUUUUUUGGGAGUGUAAGUCAUAUAUACCAUGUUCUCUGGCUUACAUUGAUAACGUUCUGUAGAAUGAUGAUAAUGUUCAAAUACACAAGCAGAAGAUAAAACAUUUGAAAAAACACUAACCAGAGUCGAUAGCUUCAAUACCCUUUAUUAUAGUGACAAUGUAUACCCUGAUGAGAUGCUUUUGUGCUAUCAUCAUGAUCAUGCUAAUGAAAUCGGCCUCUCACAA